UCACUUCAUUAUAAAAUGUAAUUUUCCAACAAGAAAUAUACACCCUUCCAAAUCUCAAACAAAUCUCUUCAUCACUAUCAUUCCUUGUUAUGGCCAUGGCCAUGCCUAUGCCUCCAGGUCAAAACAUGCCUCCAUCAAAUGGCACAACCAACAUGAUGAUGAUGAUGAACAUGCAAAUGAGUUUCUACUGGGGCAGAAAAGCCACAGUGCUUUUCUCUGGAUGGCCUAAUAACAACCUUGGAAUGUACAUCUUAGCUCUUUUGUUUGUGUUCUUUCUAGCUAUGGCUGCCGAGGUUUUGUCUAACCAACCUCCGAUUAAACGUGGGACUAAUCCUCUUCUUGGAGGGUUGAUUCAGUCUUCUGUUCACUUCUUUCGAAUUGUUUUCGUUUACUUGCUCAUGCUUGCGGUCAUGUCCUUCAAUAUUGGAAUCUUUAUUGCUGUUGUUGUUGGUCAUACGUUGGGAUUCUUAGUUGCGCGGUCGCGUGCUAUUGCUGUUGCUAAUGGAGAAGAUCAACGUUCAUCUUCUGUCACACUUAAAAUUUGAAUUAUUGUGUACUCCAUGCUACACCCUCUCGUGUUAUAUAUGAGUGAAAAAUCAUGUCAAAUAUAUGUUUGAGUUUUAGCUUAUAUUUUGUUGCAUGGUUUUCUCAAAGGUUUUCACUUAUGUAUUAUAGAGUGGUAAGUAAUUAAGCUUUCUUUAGCAUGAUGUGUUAAAAUAUUUCUACCUUGUUUAUGUAAAGGUUGGACAUGCAAUAGUAGAUUGCUCUUUAUUAUUACUACAAACA